AUGGCUUUUCUAGUAUCAUCGUCAGUCACUGAACUGAAUUCGAAAGAAUUACAUGAUAACAAAGGCAUGGAAUUAAGUUCCUGGGGAUUCGUAGCUUUGGUGGAUAAAUGCAGACGUGAUGCAGAAGAGAAGUGUAUGUUCAAGUCAUUGAGUGAAAUAUUUGAGAUUAAAGAAUUGGAAUGUGAUUUUCCAAAUCCCAGGGAAUUAAGGAACUUCCAUAUAUCUGCAGAAGAGGAGUUUAUAAAACUAUUGUAG